GAUGAGAUCUUGCCAUGUUGCCCAGGCUGGUCUCAAACUCCUUGGUUUAAGUGAUCCUCCCACCUCAGCCUCCUAAAGUACUGAGAUUAUAGAUGUGAGCCAUGGAUCCUGGCCAAUAUGUAUUUAAUAGAUAAUGCAUCUGUAUGUUAAAAAAUUGAAAAGGUACAAUACUGUUCCCUGAAAUGAAAGCCUCUGUUCUGUCCAUACCCCUUAGCCUCUGAGUUCCUCUCUUCAGAGGGCAAUACUAUUAACACUAUAACUAUUUUUUGUGUAUUCUUCCAGAUAUGAGUCUACAUACUUAAAUGUAUAAUCAUACAUAUUACUUUCCCCUUGCAAACAAUAGCAAGCUACAUACAAUAUAAUCUGGUGUCUAGCUCUGUUUAAUUUUUCUAAAGUAUGUUGUAGUCAUUUCCAUAGCAGAUAUGUAUUGAUCCAUCAUUCUUACUAAUAAGUGCUAUGUAUUCCACUGCAUGACCAUACCAUUGAUAAAAGUUUAGGUGCCCAUCACUUUUGCUGUUAUAAACAAUGCUGCAAUAUCAGUUCAAAUAAUAUUUCCCAUAGAUAUGUUAUUAUCUACAAGAAUGAGUGGGAUUUCUGGGUCAAGGUGUCUAUACAUUAUAAUUUUAUUAUGCAUUUUCAAAUUGGUCUCCAUUUAUGUCAAUUUAUAAUUCAAUUUACAAUGCAUGAGAAUACGUUGACAACAUAUUCUUGACAACACAGCAAGUUUACAAACUUUUAGCUCCAUGCCUGAGAAAAAAAGAUUUACUGGCACAGGAGAUGAUUAGUAAGCUGUGGUCUUUAUGACGUUGAGCCUUUCAAUCCAGGAACAUCUCUAUUUAUGUCAACUUGUGAGUCUUUGAAAGUGGCUUAUAAUUUUCCUUAUGGGUGUAUUAAAUAUUUUUUGUUUAGUUCAAACAUAAGUCAUUUAUUUAUUAAUUUAUGCUAUGGCAAAGAUCUAUUAUAUCUUCUAACUGGCUUUUCUUUGUAAUAUAUAUGAAGCUAUUGGGUUUUGUGUAUCAGUUUUAACACGUUAUUUUAUCUAUUAUCUUAUUGUUUGUAGCCGUUGAUUCUUUUGAGUUUUCCAGAUACACAGUUAUAUCAUAUCCAAAUAGAAAUAGCUUAACCUCUUUUUUUCACAAUGCUUCUCCCCCUUUCUCUUAUUAACACCUAUACACUGUUAAAGACAGAGAAGCUAGUGAGCAUUCUCUAUUUCUGACUUUAGAAGGAACACUGUUUAAAAGUAAAUGCUGUCUUUUGAGCUGAAGUAUGUAUGUGUGUGUAUGUGUGUGUGUGUGUAUACAGACACAUAAAUAUAGUCAUACUAAGGAAGCGUCUUUCAAUUCUUAUUUAGAGUUAACAUUAAAGGAUGUUGAAUUUUGUCAGAUAACUCUCCUACAUUUAUGGAGAUCGUGAUAUACUUGUUCUCCUUAGUUCUUUUAGGUUUUCUGUUUUGUUUAGACAGUGUCUCGCUCUGUCACCCAGGCUGGAGUGCAGUGACACAAUCACAGCUCACUGCAACCACAAACUCCUGGGCUCAAUCGACCCUCCCACCUCAGCCUCCUGGGUAGCUAGGAUUUGCACCACCGUGCCAGACUUUUUUUUUUUUUUUUAAAGAGAUGGAGUCUCACUGUGUUGCCCAGGCUGGUCUCAAACUGCUGGUCUCAAAGCAAUCCUCCCACCUCACCUCCCAAAAUGUGGGAUUACAGACGUGAGCCACUGCACCUGGCUGCUUUUUUGCCUUAGUUCUAUUAAUAAGAUGAAUUACACUAAUGAAUUUUGUAAUAAUAAAACGCUUUUGAAUUUCUGGAAUAAACUCUUGGUCACAAUGUAUUGUCUUUGCAAAGUGCUGUUGAAUUUUGUUUACAAAGAUUUUAUUUUAAACUUAUGCAUCAUAUUCAUAGAAGAGGUUGGUUUGUAGUUUUCUGCCGAGACAAGUUUUUGUCAGGUGGGACCGAAAGUACCAACUCUCUAAUGAUGGCUUAGUCUUUCCAGUGACUAGCCCCCAUCCUGAAGUUACCUAGGGGUGGCCAGCCAUCAGUCAACUUGUUAGCACACAGAAAGUCACGUAUCACUUUGGAGUUGUAUGCCAGAAAACACGGAGGAAGACCAAAUACUGUAUAUAUUUCACAACAUCACAAGCCCAAAUGUCCAUUAAGAACAAAAUGGAUUCCUUUCCUGUCCCGGCCUGCGUGGCGUGGGCUUGCGGGUCUUUGAGACCCGAAAAGUGAGAGCGUGUUCACACCCCAGGGGCUGCUCCUGGCGGCUCUGCGGCCGUCACCAUGCCACAGAACGAAUAUAUUGAAUUACACCGUAAAUGCUAUGGAUACCGUUUGGAUUACCAUGAGGAAAAGAGAAAGAAGGAAAGUCGAGAGGCUCAUGAACGUUCAAAGAAGGCAAAGAAAAUGAUUGGUCUGAAGGCUAAGCUUUACCAUAAACAGCGUCAUGCUGAGAAAAUACAAAUGAAAAAGACUAUCAAGAUGCAUGAAAAGAGAAACACCAAACAAAAGAAUGAUGAAAAGACUCCACAGGGAGCAGUACCUGCCUAUCUGCUGGACAGAGAGGGACAAUCUCGAGCUAAAGUACUUUCCAAUAUGAUUAAACAGAAGCGAAAAGAGAAGGCGGGAAAAUGGGAAGUCCCUCUGCCUAAAGUACGUGCCCAGGGAGAAACAGAAGUAUUAAAAGUUAUUCGAACAGGAAAGAGAAAGAAGAAGGCAUGGAAGAGGGUGGUUACUAAAGUGUGUUUUGUUGGAGAUGGCUUUACAAGAAAACCACCUAAAUAUGAAAGAUUCAUCAGGCCAAUGGGCUUGCGUUUCAAGAAAGCCUAUGUAACAUACCCUGAACUGAAAGCCACCUUUUGCCUACCAAUACUUGGUGUAAAGAAGAAUCCCUCAUCCCCACUGUAUACAACUUUGGGUGUUAUUACCAAAGGUACUGUCAUUGAAGUAAAUGUGAGUGAACUGGGCCUUGUGACGCAAGGAGGCAAAGUUAUUUGGGGAAAAUAUGCCCAGGUUACCAACAAUCCUGAAAAUGAUGGAUGUAUAAAUGCAGUCUUACUGAUUUGACAGCAACUUCAUAUAUAAUUAUUGAGGACUACACACCAAUUGAAAAAACUGCCAUUACUGUGAUGUUUCUGAAUACUACCAAACAGCCAUACAUGUCUACAAUGAAGAGAUUUAUUAAAUUGUAAACAUUAAAAAAAAAAAAAAAAAA